AUGACUCCCACAAUUUUUCUAUUUGUUCCAACAUUGAUAAUAAUUAUUCUACCAUUUUUCAAUUUGGACACAAAUUUCCCAACUGGCUUGUCUCUUUGUCUAUUCGGACUUUAUCCAGCUAUCGAUUCGUGUAUUGUUAUGUAUGUUAUAAAUGACUACAGAAUCGCAAUCAAAGGUGAACAUUUGUAGUAAAUAAUGAAAUCAGAAAUGAAUUUUCAGAAUUACUGGCACCUUUUAGAAUUAUUUGCAAAACAAAAAGACGCGACUCUGACUAUGUUUUGAGAACAAUCAAUAUUCAAUAA